AUGGCAGAAGAGCAGACGUCAACUGCAAACAGGCCAAGCUGUCGUUUUAGUUUUCCGGAUCCUGAUCCCGAUCCCAGCAGCAGCGCCAUCAAAGUCGACGAUGUCACCCGCAUGAAUAGCACAGCUGUGGGUGGUAUCGUGUAUGUGCGCAGUGCUGACGACAUCAAGAUUUCCCUGGCAAAGGCUAGAGCAGAAGGAAGGCGAGUGGCUGUAAGAGGGACGAAACACUCAAUGGGAGGCCAGUGCAUGGCCGAAGACAGCAUUGUCAUCGACAUGACCAAAAUGACUCGUAUGUACUUCGACAGUGAAGCAGACACUGUUGUGUGUGAGUGUGGAUGCACCUGGGCGGAUCUGAUCCUCUUCCUGAAUCACUUCGGCAUGUCGCCUCGUACCAUGCAGAGUUACUCAACGUUCUCGGUGGGUGGCACUCUGGCAGUGAAUGGCCAUGGCAUCACCACAGACUUUUGCCUGUCCGAGUGUGUCGAGUCUUUUCGACUGAUCAAGGCUGAUGGCCAAGAAGUUUCCUGCUCCCGAGAUGCUGACGGGGAAGCCGGUGAGCUGUUCAAGCUUGCUCUUGGAGGGUACGGCCUCUUCGGCGUCAUGUGGGAGGUGACCAUGCGAGUCGACCGGAAUAGUCGCAUGGACAUGGAGGCAUUGCAUCUGAAAGCGGACGAAUUUCCUCGAUACUUUGCCGCAGCGCAAGCAUCGAGGGAUGUUGUCAUGAAGCUAGCACGGCUGAACAUCCUCGACACAAACAACAUUGACUUCUUCGUUUUCCGAAGAAGCCACGAUGAGCAGAUUAAAUUGGUUUCAAAACUGGAAACGAAACCGCGAGAAAUGUCCUGGCAGUCGAGGUUGAUGUACAAGUGGCUCAUGCCUAUCAUGAAGGAGGUUCGGUAUGCCAUCGAAAAGAAGUCUGGGACAGCUCUGGAUUGGGGUAACGAGACUGAGCGCAACCACAUGCUUCACGAAAGCGCUGUGCCGAUUUCACAGCUCUACGAACCAUUGUUUCAAGUGGAUGAUACAUUCUUACUUCAGGAGUACUUCUGCCCUCGCAGUCAGUUUGAGUCUUGGAUCAGCAGAACCAGGCCAAUCUACAAAAAACUGUCUGCGACCACGGAGGUAGUUCUUUUGAACACCACCAUCCGGUUCGUGGAGAGAGACGUGGUCACGUUUCUGCCUUAUGCCCAACACGAGGAGGGCAUGUUUGCCUUCGUUCUGUACUAUCGCUUGCCGAGAACUGCUUCGGCAGAUGCAAAGAUGCAAGAGUUUCAUGAUUUGUUCGUGACAGAGACCCUGGCGCUGAAAGGGAGUUUCUAUUUGCCGUAUCGUCCCAUGGUUUGA